AUGAAUAAAUUAAUUUUAUCAUUUGUUAUUAUUGCUUUUCUUAUUUCUUGUACACAAGCUACCUACAACUGUAAAAAACUAAAUUGUCAAGGUACUGAUAAAUGUAAAACCUACAGCUGCACUUCAUAUUAUGGAUGUACUUCUACUGAUAAAUGUGUAACUGAUAUGUGUAAUGUUGCUUCUUGUAAUGCUGCUACUGGUAACUGUACAAUUACACCACUCAAAUGUGAUGAUGGAAACCCAUGUACAGAUGAUUUCUGUCACCCAGGUUAUGGUUGCUACGCUGUUCCAAAUGCUUGUGAUCCAGCUGUCGUAUGCAAAAACAAUUGUAAUGAUAAUAACAAAUGUACUAAUGAUUUCUGCGAUGGAAAUAAUAUUUGUUACCACGAAUCAUACUCCAACCCAUGUCAAGAUUUCAAUGCCUGUACUGUAGAUUCAUGCGAUCCAAUCAACGGUUGUUCCAAUACUCCAUUAUCAUGCGACGAUAACAAUCCAUGUACUGCUGAUUAUUGUCACAUUAUUUAUGGUUGUUAUCACGAACCAAUCGAAUGUUCAAUUAAAGUUCCAUGUACCAAAAACAGCGACUGUAACAGAAACAAUGGAUGUGAAACCUUUACUUGCGAUUUAACCAGUAACACUUGCGACUAUUAUGCUAAAAACUGUAAUGGUUUCCCAUGUAUUAACAACGAAUGUACCACAGGUUCCAUUUCUAAUUAA